AUGACCAAGAUUCUCUUUGUGCCCAUCUCCAUCGUGGGGUGUGGCAAGUCCACUGUUUUCCGGACGUUGCGGCUGUUGUACCCGGGGCUCGUGCACAUUGAAAACGACAGGUCCGAGUCCAAAGCGGCCUUCUACGGCGAGAUCGCCUCUGCCUUGAGCGACCCUUCCGUGGAUGCUGUCUUGCUAGACCGAAACAACCAUUUGCACAUGCACCGCAAGGACAUUGUGGAGAACUUCAAGGGGGAAAACGUCACACUCGUGGCUCUCCUCUUCGUACCCAAAGGCACCCUGGCCCAGCAGAUGCGUGGGCAUGUGCUAGGCCGGAUAGCGCUGCGCGGCGACAACCAUCCGCAGGUCAAAAGCAAGAGUGAUUUCGGCAAGGCCAAGAUGAUUGUGAACUCGUUCGUCAGGAACUUUGCGCCAUACGACGCGGAGGACCCGGUGGAUGGUCAGUUUGACUACGUGGUGGAAAUGGACGGCAGCCGGGAGUCCUCGGAGGAAAACGUCCGGCGCAUCGUGAGGUUUUGCAAUGGCGUGGGGUUGCCGGGCGGCGUGUCUGUGCCCGAGCGAUCCGCCGCCGAGACCAGACAAGAGCUCUUGCGGUCGCUCGCAUACAAAGUCGAUGAGUAAGUGGGGACGCGAGUCGGGUGCUGGGGCCUACUGUGGGGGGCACACUGCAACCUGCUAGAGAAGGGCUUGAUGAAGAAACGUACUUAUUGGUCACGGAAGACGGACGGAGGGGGACAGACUAGGAAGACUAGGACAGACAACGAAGGAUAAUGAAGGAUAAUGAAGGAUAAUGAAGGAUAAUGAAGGACAAUGAAGGACAACGAAGGACAACGAAGGACUAAGACAGACAGCGAAGGACAACAAAAGACAACAGAGACUAGGACAGACAACGCAGACUAGAAUGGACAACGACACGUAAACGAGGUGUCGUUCC